UCAUGGCUUCUUUUAGACCGUUACCUGUAAUCACUAAUAUUUAAUAAUAAAAGAUUCAUCCACCAAGAAUUUAAUUGUAACCUGGAGCACCUUAAUUUGCAACAGUAAUCAUUGAAACACCUCCAAGAAAAUAACCUGAACCAAUUUAAAUUGAGUUUGAUGAAGGAUUGAUUACUAGAAUGUAAGAAGAAAUUGAUGUGUGGAGAAAUAAAUUCUUUUAAUUAGAAUUAUCGUUUUAGAUAAAUGCUGGAGAGUUGAAAAAAGUAUAUAUAUUAAACAAUAUUUAGAUUGACUAUUUAGAAGGACGUAUAAAAGUACUUCAAGAUGCUAUAAAGCAAUUAAAUAUUGAAAAUAGAGCCUAAAUAAAUUAGAAUGAAAUAUUAAGAGUUAAAUGUGAUGAACUUGAAUUAGAAAAUUAAGAUCUCAAAAUGGCACGAUUGGAAAAUAAACGAUUAAGAGAAUUAUUAGAUGGGGCACAUGAUGAACUAUCAUAAGUAUUAUGGUUUUUGUUAUUUUUAGGCUAAAUAAAUAAUUGCCAAUUAUGAAGACUAAUUAGCAGAUUUGGCAAUUAAGGAUUAAGUAAUUAAAGAAUAAAAAGAUAAAAUAAAUCAAUUGUUAGUAGAAAUUGAGUUUUGGAAAAAGAGAUACUAGUAAUUAGAUACAGAUAGAAUCAAAGGAAUUGAAGAAUUUAAGAAGAGUAGUGAGACAUUAAGAAAUUCAUAAUUUAACGAAUUGAGAAGAAGUGGAUCAAUGUAAGCUUAAGGAUAUUAAAAUGAAUUAAAAAACUUAAGAGUUUAAUUAGAAAGAUUAUAAUAAGAAAAUAAUGAAUUAAAAGAGAAUAUUCAUUAAUUAGAAAGUACUAAAAAUGGAUAAACUUCUUAAUUCAAAGAGGUGAAUACAAAACUUGAAAGUUCUACUAAAGAAAUCAAAAGAUUAAAUGAUAUCUUAUUAUAAAGAGGUUAAUAAAACAAACAAUUAGAAUUGAGAAUUAAAGAGCUUGAAAGAUAAGUAAGCGAAAAAAAUAUCUUAAGAGAAGAAAUUGAUAAACUGAAAUAAUAAUUAAAUGAUAAAAAUAAAUAAUUGUAAGAAUAACAUUUAUAAAUAACUUAAUUGAAUAAUAGAAUAGCAGAGUUGGAGAGACUACUCUAAGAAUCAAAAUAAUAUAAAGAAAAAAUAUAAUAAUUAUAAACAGAAGUAGCAUAAUUAAAAGCAAUUAUAUAAGGUAAAGAUGAAGAAAUUGCAAUUUUGAAGUAGAAGAUUGAAAAUCUUACUGAUUAACUUAAAGAAAUUGAUAAAAUUAUUUAAGAAAAAUAUGCUUUAGAAAAUAAAGUAGCUAUGCUUGCAACUGAAAUUGAAAGAAAGGGAGCAUAAUUGAAAAACAAAGACAAGACAAUUGAUGAAUUAAGAGAAAAGUUAGAUUAAAAUAAUCAUACACUUGCAGAAGUUGAAUAAUUAUAAUAAGAGAUUGAUUCAUUACAUCUUGAACUUAAAGGAAAAGAUGAUUUAAUUAAAGAACUUGAUCAAAAAUAUCAUGAAGCACUUAAAUAUUAAGAAUAAGUUUCUUAAUUAGAGACUUAAGUAUUUGAUUUAUAAGGUAAAGUUGCUAUGCUUUCUUCUGAAAUUGAAAGAUAAAGAAUAAAGUUAGAUAAAUACAAAAAAGAUUAUGAUGGUUAAUAAGUUAAAAUAAAUGAAUUAAAUGAUAUGAAGUUUGAUUUCGAAUCAGUAUCAGAAGCAUUAUAGAGAUAUAGAUCAUAAGAAGAAUAAUAAUAAAGUGAAUUUGAUAAUUGGAGAGAAUUAUUAAAAAAGGCUGAUCUUGAAUCAUCAGAAUUAUAAAAAACUUAAGAAACCUUGUCAAGUGAAAAAUAGAUUGCCUAAGAUUAAUAUGAAAAACUAAAUGAAUAAAUUGAUUAAUUGAAUAAGUUACUAUAAGAAGAAAGGGCAAAAAUUGAAGGUUUACAUAAAGAAAUAGAGAAAUAUUAAGAUUUAGAAAAUAAAGUUUAUGAAAUGUAAAAUAAGACUGCUAUGCUUUCAGCAGAAAUUGAAAGAAGAAGUGUUAAAGAAAAAACAAAGUAAUAAUAAUUUGAUGAAUUAUAAUAACUUUCAAAUUAAUAAAAAGAAGAUUUAGAAAAAAUGACUUAAAUUGAAUAGGAAAAUGAAACAUUAAAUGAUUCUAUAAAAAAAACUCAUGAUGAGAUUGCUUCUAUGUAAAAAUUAUUGGAUGAAACCUAAUAAAAAUUAGAAAAUGUAUUAUCAGAAAGAGGUAAUUUAGAAAAUAAAGUGGCCAUGUUAUCAACUGAAAUAGAGAGAUAGUCUUAUAGAUUAAAAAAUAAAACAGAAGAAUGUUCAUAACUUAAUGAGAAGAAUUAGGAAUUAUAAGGUGAAAUAUUAAAACUUUAAGAUUUACCUGCUUAAGUUGAAGAAUUAAGUUAAUAAGUUGAAGAAUUAAGACAUUAAUUAAAUGAAGCUGAUUUGAAAUAAGUUAAAUUAACAUAAGAUUUAGAUGCUGUAGCUCAUGAAAAAGCAUAAAUUGAAGAUGAAAUUUAGAAAAACUAAGAUGAAAUUAAAUUAUAAUAAUAGUUGACAGAUGAGGCUAAAAAACAAUUAUAAAAUUUCACAGAGAAAUUCAAGAGUGUAGAAGAAGAAAAUAGUUCAUUAAGAGCUUUGGAAUCAAAAUUAUCAGAAUAUUAAAUGAAAACUGCUUUAUUGGCUUCUUAAAUUGAAGCAUAAAAUAAGAAAUAUUAAGGUAAGCUUGAUGAGAUGGCUGCUUUAUAAUAAAAUUAUGAUGAUCUUAAAGCUCAUUAAUUAGAUGUAGAAGAUAUUUAAGGAGAAUUAGAAAGAAAUUUAACUAUUUUAAAUGAAAAAGACAAAGAACAUGGAUUAUUUGAAAAGAAAAUAUAAGAAUUAGAAGCUUAAAUUAAAUAAUUAGAAGAUGUGAAAGUAUUUAAUAAAUUAAUAAUGUUAGUAUUAACUUGAAAGUAAAAUGGCUAUGGUAAGCAGUGAAGUUGAAAGAGUUAAAUAUAAAUAUGAAAAAUUAUAGAAGGAAUAUGAAGAAAAUCAUUAAAGAUUAUUAGAAGCUGAAGAAUAAUUGAUAGAAAAUAGUAAAGAGGUUCAAGCUUUAGAGGAUGUAUAUAUUAUUAAAUAUUUAAAAGGAAUUACAUCAUACAUAAUAAGAAUUAGCUUAAACAAGAAAAGCAGGAUGA